AUGUCCGUUGCCGCCCCUGCCGGCUCUCAAGCCAAGGAUCUUCGACCCGUGAUCCUUGUCACUGGUGCCAAUGCAGGCGUGGGCUUUGGGAUCUGUCAACGACUGCUCGUUCAGCUCUCGUCUCCUACACCCAGCGACACCCUCCCAAAUCACCCGCAGCGAAGUUCGGAUCCGUCCAGUCAGCCUUCGCCGACGCCGUUCGCAGCACCAGACGGAUGCACCCUCAUCCUCGCGUGCCGAAACCCCAUCAAAGCUCACAAGGCAAGACAACAGCUCCAACAGCUGCUCAAGUGGAUCGAAAACCUCCCGGAGCACGAAGAUACCCCCACCGGCCCGCCAGAGAGCUGGGCUUUUGCCUUUGACACCACCACCAAGGAUGACAAGCUGUCGGAUCCAGAGACCGAGCAGGACAUCCGGGACACGCCGCAUGAGGAUGCCGAUCCUGCCCUCGUCGCACAUGCACAGGAAAACAACGUCCGACGAAGGAGGAAACAGAGGAAGGCGCUUGCGAACGGCGACGACGUCAAGCAAGAGGCGGGUACAUACUCUGAAUCGGAGGACGAAGAUGCAGACAUCGACGCCGAUCUGGGCUCACCGGACCUUGACGCGAGCCUAGAGCAGCGAAACAAGCGCGCCAACGCACGCUACCGUCGUCGCUUCUGCCAAGGCACACGGAUCGAGUUCGUCCCGCUCGAUCUCGGCAGCAUGGGAAGUGCGCUCGAGUGCGCUCGCAUGGUGCGCGAACGAUAUUCGCACGUCACGCACGUGGUGCUCAAUGCCGGCUCGUCAGCAUGGAUCGGAAUGAACUGGCUCUACGCCGUAUGGAUGAUCAUCACGCAGUUUCGAUACGCCGUCACCUGGCCUGCGUACAAGUUGCAGCGUGCAGGCGACAAGAGCGACGACAACUUUGGCUGGGUCUGGCAGUGCAACGUCGGCGCACACUGGAUUUUGGUACGAGCGCUGCUACCAUCUCUGCGCUUGACGCCGUACUCGGUGCCAUCGCGCAUCAUCUGGACUAGCUCCGUCGAGGCCUUCUCCAAGUACUACGACGUCAGCGACUACCAGUGCGUCGACGCGGCCAAGUCGCCUUUGCCUUACGAGUCGGUCAAGUACCAGUGCGAGCUCGCGGCGUUUGGUUUGGACGAUGCCCUUCAGACCCGACGUAUGCGCACGCAGCCUGGCACACCCAUGGAAGAGCGUUCGUCACUGCUCGGCAUGUCGAGCACCGAGAGCGAAGAUAUGCGCCGCUCGGCAUCAUCAGCAAGCGGCACGCCCCCGCACGGAUUCCUCGGUCUUCCGCCCGCUUCACGUCCACAGCCAGGACAGCCAGAGCCACGCAGCUUCCUGGCGCAUCCGGGUGUGGUCGCUUCUACCAUGAUGUCGCAGUUCGUCGCAUCGUGGGUCACCGUGUUUGUGGUGGCAAGCUUCUACGUAGCCCGUUGGGUGGGAUCGCCGCACCAUCCCAUCGACCCGUUCAAGGGAGCCGUCUCGGUCAGCCACGCCUGCUUGGCGCCGCAGCCUGACCCAAAGAAGCGAUACGGCAGCCGCAGCGACUUUUGGGGACGCGAGUAUGUCGGCAUCGAGAACAUCGACUACUAUCGACCGCAGCUGGGAGGUGCUGGUCCAGGAGUGGGUGCAAGACUGGCGUUGGCAGGAAUCGACCCAGAGACCGUUCAAGGGGACACUUCGGACACAGGAAGGGUGCUGGGCAUGGCGCGUGAGUACGUCGGGCUGUGCGAGAGGACGGCGCGUCAGGUGUGGCGAAGUGCACGAAAAGGCGAUCUGCCUCCCUGGAGCUCGCUCGCCGGGGACGAAUUCGUCGUUCAGGAGCAUGUGCAUCAACUUUCUACCGAACGGGACGACGAGAAACAGGUCUUGGACUCGGAGGAUGCGCGUCCGCCGGCCUCCUCAAAAGACGAUGCAGACACCGCCAUCACGCUCAAGACCACAACCGUACCAAGCAGCGGUUCCUCGACGGACGACAAAGAAUGGGAGAAGAGUGAGUUCGGCCUGACAUCUGUCGAUUUUACGGGAUCGCGUACCAUCGUCGUUCAGCUCUCGACUGGAUUCGUGUCCGAUAAAUUCCUAGUUGAUUUCGAUGAAGAUUCAUUCGUCAAACGAAAGUUUGCAAUUCCAAGGAAAAAUCGAGGUCAUGAAAUUCUACCGGAGCACGAUGGACGCCCAUCUUCAGUGCAGGAAAGUCAAUGUGGCGCCGGGCGAACUGCCGUCGGUUCCGCUCGCAUCGACGGAGGCGAGCAAAGCAGAAGAGACGGGGCCUUUAGCCGGAAAGGCACACGGAUCCGAUUCGAACCAUCCAUUGAACCAGGAAUCCGUACCCGUAGCAGUUGCGCUUGGCGAGCGCUUACCGAACGGAAGUUUUCCCGGGGUCCGAGGUUGCGAAAUCGAGAGUUCGACAUCGCUUCCGGUAGAUCUACAUACGGGAACUCAACGUUGUUCUGCCGGUGGCACAAGCGAAUCGACAGAACACUCUGUCAUGAUCAGGACGAGGUGGUGACGAAAGGUGGCGUGGAUCGCGAAGAAACGCAUUGUGAACAAGUCACUGAACUGGCGCCGGAUGCAAAUUAG